AAGAUGGCGACCGUGAAGCGUGAAGUUACUCAGAAUUUCACUUCGGAGGAGGCCAUUCAUCACAGUAAGAUCUCCAUUGUGGGAACUGGAUUGGCUGGUAUGGCCUAUGCUAUCAGCAUCUUAUUAAAAGGUUUGAGUGAUGAACUUGCCCUUGAGGAUGUUGAUGAGGGAAAACUGAAGGGUGAGACAGUGGAUCUUCAACAUGGCAGCCCUUUUAUGAAAAUGCCAAAUAUUGUCUCCAGCAAAGAUUACCUUGUCACUGCAAACUCCAAUUUAGUGAUUAUCACAGCAGGUGCACGCCAGAUAAAAGGAGAAACAUGCCUUGAUUUAGUCCAGUGAAAUGUGUCUGUCUUUAAAUUAAUGAUUCUUAAUAUUAUAUAAUACAGUCCCCGCUGCAAAAUGAUUAUUGUUACCAAGCCAGUGGAUAUCUUAACUUAUGUAGCCUGGAAAUUGAGUGCCUUUCCCAAAAAUCGUGUUAUUGGAAGUGGCUGUAAUCUGGACACUGCCCGUUUCCAUUACUUUAUUGGACAAAGGCUUGGUAUCCACUCUGAGAGCUGUCAUGGGCUAGUCCUUGGAGAGCACGGAGACUCAAGUGUUCCUAUAUGGAGUGGAGUUAACAUUGCUGGUGUCCCUCUGAAGGAUCUGAACUCAAAUAUAGGAACUGACAAAGAUCCUGAGCAGUGGGAAAAUGUCCACAAAAAAGUGAUUUCCAGUGGCUAUGAGAUGCUUAAAAUGAAAGGUUAUACUUCUUGGGGCGUCAGCCUAUCUGUAGCUGAUUUAACAGAAAGUAUUUUGAAGAAUCUUAGGAGAGUGCAUCCAGUUUCUACCCUAAGUAAGGGCCUGUAUGGAAUAAAUGAAGAAAUAUUCCUUAGUAUUCCAUGUAUCUUGGGAGAGAAUGGUAUUAUAGACCUUAUAAACUUAAAGCUGACCCCUGAAGAGGAGGCCCGUUUGCAAAAGAGUGCAGAAACACUUUGGGAAAUUCAGAAGGAGCUCAAGCUUUGAAGUUCUUUAAAGCUACCAUUCUGAAGCUAUCGAAGAAGAGACAGUAGUUAUGGAAUUGUAUAUGUCAAACUUUUGAAUAAAUUUGAAUUUCUGAAACUUGG